AAACUGAUGGUAUGGCAGAAGAAUAGAGCAAGGUUCAGUAGCUAGCUACGUUUCUUUGCUAGCUGCAUAAUUGGAUGGUUUUGGAUAGCUGUACACAAACCAGACUGUCGGCCACUCGUAGUGAAGUUAUUUCAUGUAACGUAUGUUGACUAGUCAACGUUUUCUAGCUAGUAUAACGAGUUUGUGCAGAAGAACUAGCUGAUCAACGCCCACCUGCCAAGCCUGCUGGAGAAAAUAGCCUGUUGACAGACAUGUCACCAAUACUCUCUGUUUUGCGUUGUUGUCCUUUAAUGGGUUGAGACGUUUGUUAUAAGUGACACGGGAAUUGUAUGACCAGCACAGUCUGUUAUUUCGUUUAAGAGUGCCGGACGUGAGUGGGGAAAUUCCAUCACAUGGUGGGGACUGGACAGUUUGUCUUGCCAGGGUCACUGACCUUUGCCAAGUAGCUAGGCUAGCAAGCUGAGCAUUACAUUAGAGGAACCCUGGCGCUAGAGCUAGCUAAGUGGCUUAGCUAAAUGUCAAGUAUAAGUCUCAACUUCUGUAACUAUACAGCACUCGUUUGUGAUUAUCUGCUAAUAAAUUAGGGGCUAAAGGCUGCUGCGUUGUUGAACGUUGCUCUUUCACCCAUGUACUGGAACUCUUGUUAGUGGUAUCUUGGAAUGGCAUAAUGGAGGGUGUGGCUCUGAUAUUCCUCCCUGUGUUUCACUGUUUGCUAGAGAUUCACUUUGUGUAAUUGAUGUGUAUUGACCAGAACUGAGGUUAAACAGUUUGUGCUGACAAUCUGUACCUUGGGAGCAUAUAGGCGUGUUAGUGGAAAACUGUUUACCGCAACUAAAAUUGAACAACCUGUAAAGGAAGUUUGUCUUGAACCAGUGGAAAAGUGAAGAGGAGAUGUCUGGCAGCUCCCAGCUUAGCAUUCGGAAUUGGACCACUAAGCAUGUAGCCAAGUGGUUGAAGGAGGAGGGUUUCUGCCAUUAUGUGGACCUGUUGUGUAACAAGCAUCGCCUGGACGGUAUGUCCUUACUCACCCUCAGCGAAUAUGACCUCCGCUCCGCACCGCUGGAGCUCAAGGUGCUGGGGGACAUCAAGAGGCUGAUGGUGUCCCUGCGCAGGUUGCAGAAACAAAACCUGGACAUCUUGGAGGAGCUGGGGGUCCCGUUCGAUGGGCACUCCCCUCAGAGUGGGGUUGGCGGCGGGGACUGGCACUGCAAUGGAGACUCUGGUAGAGAGUGUGACAACUCGAACCCAGACACGGCGCCGGUUGGAGAGCAGUAUCUUCAGUACACCAAUGGGAAGUACAAGCAUGGCAGUAGCAGAAGGCUGGAUCCCGAGUACUGGAAGACGGCGCUUAGUGCGAUCUAUGUGGUGUUUGUGUUUGGAUUUACCUCCUUUGUCAUGGUGAUCGUGCACGAGAGGGUGCCGGACAUGCGCACCUACCCCCCCUUGCCAGACAUUUUCUUAGACAGUGUUCCUCGAAUACCAUGGGCCUUUGCCAUGGCCGAGGCAUGUGGAGUGGUCCUGUGUAAUAUCUGGCUGCUAGUUCUGUUGCUGCACAAACACAGGUCCAUUCUUCUGCGGCGGCUCUGCAGUCUCAUGGGGACAGUGUUCAUGCUGCGUUGCAUCACCAUGUUCGUCACCUCUCUGUCAGUUCCGGGACAGCACCUCCAGUGCUCAGGAAAGAUGUACGGUGACAUGUGGGCCAAACUCCAGCGAGCCCUGGCCAUCUGGAGCGGAUUUGGCAUGUCCCUCACUGGCGUCCACACCUGCGGAGACUACAUGUUCAGUGGUCAUACGGUGGUCAUUACCAUGCUCAACUUCUUUGUCACCGAAUACACGCCAAGGGGCUGGAACUUCAUCCACACGCUGUCCUGGGUCCUGAACUUGUUUGGCAUCUUUUUCAUCCUGGCGGCACACGAACACUACUCCAUCGACGUCUUCAUAGCCUUCUACAUCACCACCAGACUCUUCUUGUAUUACCACACGCUGGCCAACACCAGGGCCUAUCAGCAGAGCCGCCGGGCACGCAUCUGGUUCCCCAUGUUCUCCUUCUUCGAGUGCAAUGUCAACGGACCCGUGCCAAACGAGUAUGGCUGGCCCUUCUCUAAACCCGCUGCGAUCCGCCGGCUGAUUGGAUAUUAGGAAUGCGGAACGGACAGCAAUCCAGGACACUAAUGAUGACUUUGAGCCCGUCCUGCUGUUUUUCUUUUCUUUUUUUCUUCUAAUGUUGCCGCCCUCAGAAUGAAGUUGCCAACUGUGGUUAUGUGAAAUCAAUUUUAUAUUCCAGUGUCUACAGAGACUGUGAACUUAAACGGCUUUUGGGAUUGUAUCUGUGCCAUGGUGUGACUUAACUAAGGCUCGUGUCUAAAAUGGCAACAUGGUCCCUGGGUAGGCCACCGCUUUUUACCUGGGCCCCAUUAGGGUCAUUGUCCUACGGACAUCCAAUCCCCUCAACUUCCUCUGCACCUUUGAAAAGGGAUGGGACGGGGUUUCUUUUGUUGUUUUGUUACAUUUCUCAACCUUUUUAGAAGCAGCUGUGACAGUCAUGAUAUGGCGCAUUAACCAACAGCUCAUUUUGUUAUGUCAAACAGUCUGUUCAUAGCAUGACAGCAAACAGAACAAACUACUAACAUCAGGCUAGCGUGUACAUGCUUAAUAUCUCUGAACUUGUGGCUUUGAGUAUCGGAAAGUUGUUGAUAACAGCUCACGGUUUGGGAAGACAUGAGAACAGAAUUCUCAGGCAGCCUAUUGUAACCAAAUACCUUAUUUUUAAAUAGUAGUAAUUUUUUGAAAUCAGAUUCUAAAUUGUUGUUAAAUAGGCUCUUAGAGGUGUUCAAUAAAUAUCCUGAGAAAUUAGGGCACUCUUCAUGAUAUUAUUGACAUGUUUUCUUUUAUUGUUUAGAUUCCAGCUCUAAUACAAGUAUGAACUACCUUAAAAGCAAUAUCAAAGCAUCACAGAGAAUACUGUUGAUGAAUUUCAGAAUAGCAAUAUAAGUUAAAGAUGUUGUGACUGGUCUUAUUUCUUAUUUGCCAUUAUUAGGUACUGCUAAAAGCUUUUUAUUCCUGCAGACAUAACUGUGGUUUUGACAGUAUUAUUAGAAUGCUGAAUUAUUCAUUUAUAGCUGAAUUUAAAUGUUUUGGGUUCCUUUAUAAUGUUUGUAUUUUUUUGUAACUUCAUCUGCCUUGUCCUAACUAGGUCUUAUUAAAACAGGGCUGUUUCCAAGGAGAUCACUAAAAGCAGCCAAACUAUGGAAUGGAACAAUCGUUUCAAUACCAUUCCAGUUGCCAAUAACUUUAGGUGUAAUAAUAAAAUGUUUAAUUGUUAUAUUAGCUUGUUAAAUUGUAAUUUAGUCAUUGACCAUAUAUUAUUGGAAUAAGAAUAAAAUACAAGAAUAUCCAUACCUACAGCACAACUGGAGAAAGGAAAUGGUUGUUUACUUCCACAGAUCCCUGGGUCUUUAUUGUAUUAUGAUUUUUAUUGUCUUAAUUUAUUUCAUUUUGUAUAUGUUAAUAGUUUUUAUAUUUGAUGUAUGGGAAGGUUAUUGCAAUGUGCACUUGAACAGGAAUAUGUUUACAGUUUUUGAGCUAAAUUUGUUUGAAACACAAUGUACUUUUUUUGGUAUAAGUUUGAUUUCACAAUCACCCCCACACAUGACUAGAAAAUAAGCCAACACAAAAUUUCCUUUAACACUAAUCAGAUCUCACACUGCCAUUGAGUUAUUUUUUUGGUUACAACUCACUUAGCACAUAUUUACAUUAACUUCCUGGGCACCAAUGUCAAUCUUUUAGUUGAAAUGUGCAGUCAGUUGAAAUUAAUGAACAUGGUGGUUAAAUAAACCAGUUUGUGCCUAGUGGGUUAUGUCCUAUAUUAAUCCCAUCAUGUUUUUACUAAGACAUUCAGCUGUGGUUUAUUUCUAGUACUACUAAAACCAUAAUAACCCUUCUCUCUAACUAGCUUCUCAUCAUUUGUUUGCUACAAUAACUGCUGUAUGCCAGCUAACUGCUAAUCUAUAAUUUGCUGCUAAGAUACAUACCAUACAUACCCAUAUCUCAUGCUUGUGUUCUUAACCCGUGUCGCUGGUUUGGUUAUUGCGGUACAUUACACACCUUAUGAGUAAAUGACAACCAAAGUAAUAUGUAGCAGUAACGAUUAGAGUGGAUGAACUGGUGAAUUGGAUUCAUGAAGUCUCUCUGAAUAAGAGCAUCGGCUUAAUUACUAAAAUGUUAAUUGAUUAUGUCUGUUCGGCAAAUGACAAGUGUCUUCAUCAUUAAACAGUUGAAAUCAA